UAAAAAGUUCAAUUUUAGAGUGAUUUUUAGCCAUUUUUCAGUGUUGAAGGAUAACAAAAAAAAAUGAUAAAGCAGUCAAAUUUUCAGAAUAAUUUAGGGUUUAACCGUAUCAGAGUCUACUGUCUUAAGAUAACCGGCAUUGCAAAGAUAGCGAUGAACUAAGGCUACGGCCAAGUUUUGUUUGCAGUUCUAGUCUCGCAUUUCGAUAGUAAGCUUCAGCUGAUAUGGAUCAAUCACAUCCAGGCACAAAAUGCUCUAGUUGUAAGGCGGAUCCCAUAGUUGGUGUUCGAAUGGCUUGCCUUAUUUGCAAAAGACACGACCUCUGCGAAGAAUGCCAUUCGAAGAAACGUUUUAAUAGAAAGCACCGAUCCUACCAUCCGGUGCAGACAAUUCUUCCACCGAACGAGAUGGAGAGAAGUUUGAAGGAUGUGCACCAGGAUGAAAUUCGAAUCUUCCGAUGUCCUUUCUGUGGGGACGAUGAGCUCAACGUUCGCGAGUUGAUUGGUCACUGUGGUAAGUAUCACGCCAGUAGGCAUUACCUUGUGCAUUGCCCGAUCUGUAUUAGCGAGGAAUGGCAAAGCGAUGUAUGGCAAAGUGAGCAAACGCGUAACAUUUUGCGACACUUAAAAUGGUUGCAUUUCGAUGAGAAUGUGGAUAGUUGGGAUGAAGUUGAGAGUGAAGCGAGAAGUGAUGAGGAAAAGAACUUGGAAGACAUUGAAAGUGAAGACGAAAAAUGUUGCAUUUGUCAGGAAUCGAUGAAGGCGGAGGAUUGUAGGAAGUUGACCUGUAGUCAUUCUUACCAUAGAGAAUGUAUAAAUCAAUGGUUGAGGGACAAUAACAGCUGUCCAAACUGUCGUGCUGAAGUUUGAAGACAGUUUUGCCUUUAAUAAAGCAACAAGUCCAUGAUACAAUUUAAAAAAGAGUCACAACGCCAUAGAGUAAAAUAUGAAAAAUAACUUUUGUUGAAUUUCAUCAAAUCUAAAAGAUAAUCACUACCCUGAUAAGUCUUGUUGACUCUAUAAAUUCUCGUUCUCAUUAACUACUCCCACAAACAGCCUCUUUCGAGUAGGUAGGUUCUUCCACGAAGAAGCCAGCCCACCCACGGCAACAAUU